AACACCUGGCUGAGCCAGCAAAGGAGCCGCCUGCUCCGGGGGUGCAGCCCCCAGGCCGGGCUGCCUGACACCCCCCCCAGCACCGGCAGGGAGGAAUGUCGUUUAUCCUUCCCCUUUAAACUCCGCUGGCCGGCGCGGGGUGUCCCCUGGCUGGGGCAGGGUUGUACCCUGGGCAGCGCAGCCGGAGCAGACGUUCCUGCCGCGGCGCCUGCAGCAGCAGGAGGCGAAACCGCGCCGGGAGCCGCUGGGCGGCGGGGCCCGGCUCCCAUCGGCGACCCCCGGGCAGCCGGUUGGCGGUGCCGCCGCCGGCGUGCGGCAGCCAGCGCGGAGUCCCCGGGCACGGCGGUGAAGUACGGCCCUGCCGCAGCUAGAGGGCUCCGCCGCCGCCGCUCGGGGCCCGCCGCGCUGCCGCACACCCCGGCACCGGCUGGGGCUCCGCCGCGCCGCUCCCCGCCGGCCCCCGGCCCGGCCCCCCCGCCGCAGGGGCCGCCGCCCGCCCCGGGCACCCCGCCGCCGGCCGUGGGCAUGCCCGCCGCCGCCGCUCCGCUCCUGCCGCCGCCGCCGCAAGUUGGCGGCUGAGCCCUGCCCGGCACGCAGGAUCGCUCCCCCCUCCGCUGCCAGCAGCAUGGAGAGCGUGCGUGAGCUCCAAAACCCGCUCUUGGCCAAGGCCAACGGGCACCUUCGCAGCAGCUAUUCUUACCACCAGCAUCAAAGCCAGGACUACCCCAGUCAUCACUGCCAAGGGAAACUGUAUUCCUACAUCUUCCAAAACACUGGUGGUGCCAGGACUCACCAGCUGCUGGAUGCCAGUUCCCUGCAGCUGGCUGUUGAAGCCUUGUAUGGCCCCAGUUUUAUCCUCAUGAAGGAUGAGGCUGCUCUCAAGGCCAAAGACAGCAAGAUGGAAAGCUGCGAGACCACUUUUACGGAAAGCAAAGAGGCUCCAUCUGAAGGUCCCGACGGGCAGGAGGCACAAGGGUCCUGCCUGGUAGAAAGCGACAUCCGCAUCCAAACUGUGUCCUACGAGGUGGAGGAAGAGGAGCUCCAGGAGUACGAGAGCGACUCCUCCAGUGACAGCGACAGUGAGGACCAUUUCCUGAUGCUUCCCCCCCGGGACCACCUGGGCUUGGCCCUUUUCUCCAUGCUGUGCUGCUUCUGGCCCCUGGGGAUUGCUGCCUUCUACUUCUCCCAAGGGACUAGCAAGGCUGUCUCCAAAGGAGAUUUCCACCUGGCCAGUUCAGCUUCGCGCCGAGCUCUCUUCCUCGCUGCGCUCUCCAUAACCAUCGGCACAGGAGUGUACGUUGGGGUGGUGGUAGCACUGAUCGCUUAUCUCUCCAAAGGGGGCCACGUAUAGCUGCCACCUGCACGUCAGCGCCGUCCCUGGACACCAGCCCUCCUGGGAUCGAGCUUUCCGGCGGAGCACAGGGCACCAGCACCUGCAAGGGUUGCUUGCACAGCAGGACCCCGGCCCGAUGCCCCGCACAGGGUCUCUCCCCUUUCAGGCAAACAGCAGACCCCCAUUCUCUGCGAGGCUGUGGGGUGCCACCAUCUGACAACAGGGAAUUGGGCACUGGCCUGGCUGCUGGGACCAGGAGGAGCACAUUUGCCUGGUAGGAGACUUCCAGGAGAGACGCUGCGUACUGCUGCUGGGCUGGUGCCACCACUCCUGAUCCAGGGCCAUGGCUUCCCCUCCCAGCCCUGCAGCUGGGAGAUCCACCACCGGUGCCCAGGCUUGGCUCACAAACGGGGCACACAGGAAGGAGAGGGGAUAUGGUGCCAGGGAAUGACAGCUCUUUCUUCUGGGAAGCUGCAUUCCUGGUGGGGUCUCCAGUCUCCCAUGAUGGGGAAAACAUUCUCAUUUCAGUGCCACAGGGCGGCAGCUGGCCCCUCAACCGCAGCGAAGCAGGAGGACACAGCAUGAACAUAACCAAUAGGGCAUGCUUUCCGCAUCCCUCUGCAGACAGACCCCUGAUCCUACUUGCUGGCCCAUCCCAGAUCAAAAACAAGAAGAAAGCCAGGCUGGUGGUUGUACUCCAUCACUCCCAUUGUUGGAACAAGCUGGCAAAGACAGCAAGGUUUUCUCUUCGUUAAUAAUGACUGUCAUGAUAAUUGCGAGUUGAAGCCCCCAUAAGGUUUGUGUCCCACAGUGCUGGGCCCUGAAAAGGCUUGUAAUGGCAAUUUCUACCCAAGAAGUGACCUGGGAGGGUGGGGGCCUGAAGGACUCCACUCUUGGCACUAGGUCAGGACCCUGCACACAGAGAGGGGUGGAAGGAAAAGGCCAAUCUGACACACGGAGCCUGGGGUGGGAGUGCUCUUUGUACGGGGGUGAGAUCCAGAGAGGGGGAAGACUUGGAGAGAGCCUAGGACACAGGGAGUAACCCAACACAUUUCUUCCCGUGCCUUGGAGAGGGUUAUGUCUAUCCAUCCAAAAGCCUCUGCUGACGAGGAAAUCCCAUGCAUCCCCACAUACAUCUUACUUUUGCUAAUUUGUAUAUUGUCAGCAACACAGGUCCUUCAGAGGGGGGGGUGAAGGCAAUGACUGCCCCAAAGCAGCCCCUGCUCCCCAGCAUCCACCUCGACUCUCCCUCAUCCUGGCCACGGCUCCCACGCUGCCUCCUUCCCCCAUGUGCAGGGGGCUGCAGGCAGACUCUGGAUUCCCAUUGCCCCCUUCCCAGGGUUUCUGGGCGGGCUGCAGCAGGCUCUGCAAGAGACAGUAGCAUGUUCUUCCAGCUGGGUGCCAUUCAAAUGUACAUUUCAUCCUAAAGAAGCAUGUUAAUGUCUGCGAUUGCUGUUGUACUUGAGCCAUAAAAAGAGAGAAGCACAUCAGAGACCUGUUCAGAAGCCGGUCUGAAAGUUCCCAUCGUGUUUUCUAACAUGGAAGAGCUAAUAAAAAAAAGCAGGAGGAAAGAC